UCUUACAGUAACGACAUCCCGCAUCGACGCACCCCCUAAACGCAGGCCAACGGCCAAUUCGGGGACGCAAUUCGCAAAUUCAGAACAGUCCAGUCUAGUACUUGUAUUAGCAGCAGCAGCAACAGCAGCAGAAGCAGCAGUCUGUCACUUGUUGGUGCAGCACCUUGAACAACUAGACACCGAGUAUGUGGAGAUAGUGUCGUAGCAGCAGCAGCAGCAACAUCAUCAUCAUCAUUAUCCGCCAGUGAGUGAGUGAGUGAGACGCAAUUUUACGUUUCAAAGAAUUAGCCCCCGCCAAUAGUAGGUUGACCUUCGAGGUUUUCACUGUGGUGUGGUGUUAGGGUGUUGAGCAUCUAAUCCGUGACAGAAAAUUCCUCGCGUCGAGGUCGGAAAAACCGUGAAAAGUGUCAAACAAGAAUACGAAUCGCAGUUCGUUGGUGUUCGUUGCUAGUGAGCAGUAGUAGCAGCAGCAGCAGUGUGUGGCCAUCGACUACAACGCAAAGUGAAUGGUGCAAAGCGAAUGUGCAUAUCUUGGCGCUGUUUAAAGAAGGAGAAGAAGUGAAGAAGUGAAAAAGUGUUGUGCAGUGUGAAAGAUAAAGAAAAAGGAAAAUUGUUAUCACAACUGUGUUCAGAGUGCGUGCGUGUACGUGUGUGCUAGAUAGUGGAGUAAAAUCUACCGGAAGAUUCUUCACCGCAGCGCAACGCACCAGAAGGCAACACCGAAGUUGUUGAAGUUCCUGUCAGUUCCCGGUUUUUUUGGAUUAAAGUGAUUGCCAAGCCAGCCAUCCCGUGCGUGCCGCUUUAAAGCCGGAUCUGGCGCACUCUGGCUGUUCGACCGGAUGCAGACAGAUUGAGGAAUUUUCCCGGAAGCGCCCCAGCAAAACGCUCCAACAGGCAGAGAACGUCGCGAGGCAUCAUCAAGUGGAGUGGAGUGGCGAUCGAAUCUAAAGCCGUGUCUGAACCUUUUCGAUUCCUGACGAUCGCAACCCGUGUCGAGGUCGAUCGAUAGUGCGCCAACAGAGCCCGGGAUCGCAAGGCAGCGUGAUUGAUGUUGUGACCACUCAGGGGACCUCCUGCAACCUCGAUUCCGGAUCAUUUACGGCCAUCGUCGUACCGUGUGUGUGUGCAGAGAAGCUCAUCUCCGGCCGAUCGUCGUCAUCGUCGUCGCUCUGUCGUUGUGCAAUAAUAAAUUUUCGGCCUUCCUUAAGUGCGCCUGUCCCCGGAAAAGUCAUCAUCGGAGCAUAAAUCAAAUUAUCUCCCGCACGAGAUAGGGUACGGAUAGUUCCGGUUUCGUAGAUCGGCUGCGACGUUUCGACUACUCGGCAAAUCAUCGCCACUUCGACGUACCCUGGACGCCUGGAACGAAACGAAACGAAGAAAAGUGGUCCUCACCAUCCUUACGAGACGAAAAAGGAUAUCGAAUUGAUAUUUAUUGCGUCCGUACGCGCGUUGCGUUGCGUCGUCGUCGCCAUUGAUUUCGGUUACGACGACCUACGACCCAAUAGUGAGAGGUAGUGGUAGUGCCCAGGAAGGUGUCAAGUGUAACCACCACCGGCGAAGUGUCUGUGUGAGUGAUUAAGGUCAUAUUGUGGCCAUCCAUCCAUCCAUCCGCUUGCAAGUGCAGUCCGUUGCGUUGAAGAGGAUGCAUUUGCAGAUGGAUGCAGUGCAGUAAGUGCUUUCAAGUGCAACGUUCUGUUGGUGUUUAGUGUACGUCAAGUAGAGCCACGUCGUGUGUGUGUGAGUGAGUGUGAACGUGAGUGUGCAAAGUCAAUGUCUACUAAGCAUCUCCACGGAGCGGUGCAUUCGUUUUCAUAGCAUCCAAGUGAAACACACAACAGUGCAUCUCGGGUAUAGCGAGCGUUUUGUGACCAAAAAAAAAACCGGAAAAAACAUCCGUCCCCAGAAGAUAGUCCGGGGAGAGUAGCUGUUGGCCAAACUUUACGCCAAAGACGCUCGUGCGGCAGAGUGGCAGAGAGUUCGCUGCUGUGUCACUUCCGUUCGCCUGGCCGGAAGUUUGAAGUUUUCCAAUCGUGACGAAGAGAGAAAUAGAGAGAGAGAGAGCAGAGAGAAACGAGGCUCUUUAAUUUUCCCUUCGACUUCUCGAGAUCCUGACACAUCGACGCACCGGACCAGACGGGUCUUCUCUUCGCUCAGCAUGAACGGAUACAUUCGUGAUACGGCGCCCGCAUCCACCAACUCCUCCUUCAAGCAUCUUCCGUUCGCUGCCGAUUUUUUGCGCGUUCGCGGAUAAUCCCCCAUUCUGUUCUAGCUAUGUAAAUGCUGUGUGCCUUGCAGAGGCAUGUUGGGCUCUACUGCUAAUGGUCGUUUAAUGGGCCCCGGUGUUGGUUCAUCAACGUCGUCGUCAUCAUCAUCGUCGUCGUCGUCAAUAUCUGCUACCGCCCCGACCGCCCAGCAGACAUCGCAGCAACACCAUCACCUCCACCAUAUCCACCAUCAGCAACAGCAACAGCAGCAGCACCACCUCGGUCACUAUCCGUUUCCGGGGCUUCCACCACCACCACUACCGCCACCACCGCAUCCGCACCAUUUACCGCUGCAUCAGCAACAUCAACAUCACCAUCAGCAUCGCAGCAUAUGGCCAACGCUAGCGGCCACCAGCGGUCGGAGUGCAUUCGAACUGCAAACCGCAACCAAUGGCGAAGUGACCGAAUCGCUGUUCGCGACCGGCGGCUAUAAUACUCCACCGGCGGCCUCCCCAUUUCUGCCCUGCUCGCCGCUCGAACUGGUCGCCAAAAACUUCCACAGCAGCACCGGAACGGCACUCUCCUUCAGUCAAGCCAAUAGUAGCAUUUUCGUGCAAUCCCAGACCGACUUCAUCAAUGGCACCACUGCGGUCGCGAAGAAAACCGAAACCUGCAUCGGCCGGUGGGAGCAUGGCACCAUAGAACCUCUGCAGAUACAAGUCCCGUCUCAGGCCACAUUAGUGCCAACGACGUCGACGACAGCAACAACAGCAGCAGCACCAGCAGCAGCAGCGACGACGUCGACACUGACACCCGACGACGUUAGCAGCUUCUCGAGCAAAUCUCCCACAAUAAACGCUAGCACUAGCACCGGGUACGGCCGUGACUCCCAUCCGAGUCCGAACUACAAGAGCCGCUACGAGGUCGCAGCAUUAGCUAGCCGGUACCGGAGCCGCACCUCCGAGGACAUCGAGGACAUUAAGAGUGGCCUCUUGGUGUGCGAUAAAUCAGUCGCACGAGAUCGAUUCAAUCACGACAAUUCGGACGACCGUAAACCGUUCACGGGUUCGUCGUACGGGGCGCUGAAGCACAAACUUCAUGCCGCACUGCUAGAAGCAGCUUUCGGCGAAGAUCAGCAACAGCAGCAGCAGCAACAGACCUCGAAUUACGGUGCUGCUACUGCUGCUGGUACGGGCCAAGUGCAUCAGACGAGCGCCGCACCACGGCAGCAACCGUCGGCCGUCGACCGAACACCGAAGCAACUCGAAGCGGCCACUGCACCGGACUUUCGAGCUGCCGAGGAGCAGUCACGGUGUCACAGGGGACAACCUGCUGCACCGGCAUCACAGACCACCGGUCCCACGGCAGCUGCAAUUGCAGGCAACCCACCAGGCAGCACCACCACCAGCAGCACCGGCACCAGUCAAGCGGUCACGACUUGGCCAACUAGCGAAGCUGUCAAUCAUAGACCACGACGUCGUUGGGCUGCCCUUCAUUCAGCACACGUGGCACACGAAUCGUGCAGCAGCAACAGUAUCACCGGUAACACCGGUGCCACCACCUCGCACCAACCCUUGACGAGCUGCUCCACCCUUGUUUCCGGAGGACAAGGAAAGAUAGAAGCAACGGAAGCAACGGUUGCAGCUUCCGAGCGACUUCCGAAGAAGCGACGCUCGGUACGGUUCGAGUCGAGUGCUUCCGUCUGCGCCACUACUACUGCCGCUCACCGUGACACGGACACCGGGACCGUUGCUCACAUUAAACGCGAACCGUGCCAAGUGUCCGAAGUGACGACAUCGAACAGCUUCGAGGCGACCAAUGCGACCGCCCUCAAUGCCAUCAUAAAGAUCGAAGCCUCCUCACCGAAGGCCCUCAACAGUAGCAGCAGCAGCAGCUGUAGCACCACAAGUAACAACCCUUCAAUCGCUGGCGGUAGUAGCCGGACCAGCGGCAUCAGCACUAGUAGCAGCAGCAGCAUUCUGAGCCACAGCAGCGCCAGCAUCAUCAGCAGCGUUGCCGUAGGUGGUCACGGUGGUGGUGGUGGUGGCGGCGGUUCGGUCCUCGCUGGUUCGAAUCAUCCCGGCACGCCCGUGAACGCCACCACCACGACGACGACGACGGCGGCGACGACGACGACGAUGGAUCACCUUGGUGCGGGCGCAGCAGCAGCAGCGGCGGGCAACAGUGCGAUCCCGGUUGGCAUUGCGGUCGCCCGGCAACGGCUCCAGGAAAGUUCGUCCACUCCGUCGCCCCAACUGCACCAGACCAAAGAGCUGAACCGUUUCGGCAUCGGUUUUGCGGCGGCCGCCGCUGCCGCCGCCGCCGCAGCUGCUGCAGCGGCCGCGGCCAACAACGGCGGCGGAUCGCUCAAUGCCUCCACCGAUUUGGCAGGCUGCGGCACACCGAGCCUCGGGCAGAACAUGUUCUUCACCGGCACCAAUUCCGCCCCGCCCGCCCUAUGGCAGUAUCCCGCUGCAUCACUGUUGGAAACGACACUGCAAGCACCCGUCCCGAUGGAAUCGAUGCUACCCAUGCCACCGAUGCCCCCGGUUGGCUUCCAGCUGGUGCGUGAUCCGAGCACCGGCCAGAUACUGUUCCUGCCAGCGGCGGCGGCCACCAUCGCAGCCAAUCCGCCAAACCUGCUAGAUAAAAUCUAUAUUUCUUGCAUAGAACCAUUCCAACAAGCGGUCGUGUGGCCAUCGUAUCCACCGGCGACGACGGCCCUGCAACCACCGCACCUACUACUACCACAGCUACCCCCGCCUCAACCACAGCCGCCGCAGCAGCAACAGCAGCAGCAACUGCAACCACCACCGUUGGCACCGCUGCAGGUCCUUAGUUCGGACUAUCUGUCAACGGCCAGCACCACCUUGCAUCAGCAACACACACAAACACAUCACAGUACGAGGUAUCUGGCACUGACGUCCGAUUCGAGCGGCAAGCGAUCGACGAUCACCUCCACCGGAAAGCAAUCGCAGACGAGCUCAUCCGGAACGUCGUCCUCUUCUUCGACGGCCCUCCUACCCAGUGGUUCCUGCACCGGUCAACCGACCAUCCCGAUGCCGAUGCCCUCGCACGCAUUCAUCAAGAUCGAGGAUGCGGCCAUCGGCUUCGGCUCAACGCCGGCCACGGCCGCUACGAAUGGUCCAUCGAUCGCACCCGCUCUGUUCGGUGCCUUUAGCUCCACGGAUCACACCGACAAGCACCAGCUAACGGCCACCGGUCAUCCCCAUCUCGCCUUAACGGCGGCACCGACGGAUGCCCUCACAUCGCAGCUACUCUUCCAACCCGCCAAUCUCUUCCACUUUGCACCGCAGCAUCCACCGAAAUCACAUGCGACGCAUCUACACCUCGACACGUCCUCGGUGCCCGGUGCCGGAGCGCUUAACUCUAUCGUGGCCAAUCCAACACCACCACCAUCGGCCUUACCUUCAUCGGCCACACCAACACUCCUUUCGCUCGUCAGUCAACCGGCGGCCAUUCAACCGGCGCCACCAACACUCACCACGACACAAUCCCUCAUUCCGGAGCUACCACCACCGGCUGCUAGCUGUCUAACGCCACCACCGGACACUACUGCACACCAUCAUCAUCACGCUCAUCCACCGGCGGUCUGCCAGGGUCAUCCGGUUGAGCUGAAUGGCUCCGUGCGUCCACUGGAACCGCUGGUAACGUCGGAAGGUGAGGGUGAGGUGACGCAACAGGAACCACCGGAAGUACAGGACGCCAACAUACAAACCGAUACACCGCUCAUGAGUGAGGACGAUAAUACGCAACCCGCAGGUUGCGGUCCUAUGUCAGAAUCGACGGAACCAAUGGCCACUAGUGAGAUCCCUACGACUGAGGCCACACUUACGUCCGCCUUCCAUGCACUGGCGGCCCAUGGUGGCCAACAGGCACUGUGCCAUAGCAGCAGCAGCAGCAGCAGCACUACUACUACUCAGCUCAGCGCUACACACAACACUAGCAUCGAUUCGGCCAUCGAGCCGGAUCUGUCCGGGUUGAGCGUAAGCGUUGCCUCCAACUGUGAUCAGAUCGAUAUGGAGCUGGAACCGGCCGGUGCGGGGAAGCUAUCGCAACCACCACCCCUUGCGGCCAUUCAACUGGAACCGGAGAACCUUUCGGUAACGGCGGCCUCAGCCAUGCCAUCCGGCACCGGUGGCCAACGACGUUUGACGAAGCUCGAGCUACACUCCCCGACGAUGGCGAACGCACCGUUGACGACGACGACGACGGAAGCGAUGGUGACCGGUAUGGUCUGUCUGCCCGUUCCUCCACUCGCACCGGUGGCAAUUAAUGCCACGACUGGCCAACAGCAGCAGGAUCACCCGGUUGAUCUGAGUGGACUUGAACUGCUAUCGCGUAGUAUUGAGGUGUUCCAGAAGAAGGUGUCACUGAUCAAGAAGGAACCGAUCUCUCCGCAGCAUCCAGCAGAUCUGCCAGCAGUAGUAGCAGCUGCAGCAGCACCAGCACCACCACCACAACCACCUCCACUAGUGCCAUCCACUGUUCCUGUAGCACCUUCGACGAUCGGACCGGUUAUAACCGGUUGUGAUGUAGCGCCAUCUGCACCGCAAGAGAGCAACAGUGUGCCAGCUGCUGCUAGUACUCCUUUGCCACCAACACCAGCAGCACCAGCAGCAACUGUUGCAGCUGGUACUGUAGCUCCUGCCGUACCACCAACACCGUCAUCCGUUCCGGAAGCAUUCCUACGUACCGAUGAACCGAUGGGUGGACUUAACCUGCUCUGUGCCCUCGCCGAGCAGCGAUUCCAGGAGGAAGGUAUGUUCAAGAAGGACUCCUCUAGCCCUAGUGCACCUUCCAGUGGUAACAGCACGACGACGGCAUCGAGUAGUAGCUCUUCCUCGGCCUCAUCAGCAUCAUCAUCCUCUUCGUCUUCGUCGUCCUCGGCACCGGCAUCACCUCCGGAUGCCGUCGGUGACAAGGCACCGAGCACGGAAAGUGCCAGCUCAUCGCCAUCAACCUCCAUUCCAUCGAUGGUCCCACAAAUUCUGGGCGAACUGGCCGUGACGUCCCGUAAGCGCAAGCACAAACAUUCCAAAGAAUCGAAGAAAUCCGGCAAAAAGUCGAAGCUCGAACGUGAACAGCGACGGGCGGAGAAGCGCCGGAAGCUUACGGAUGCGCUCGCGUCCGGUGCCGGUCCGGAAGAGGAACCGGUGCUUGGUUCGGAGAUUAAGGAGAGUCUUUCGCGGGUUAAAGCUAAACUGGCCGGUGGUCGGCGAUGCGGUUGUAAGGAUGCGGACGAGAAGGAUCAUCGGUGCUGUGGUCGGAAGCA